AUGAGUUUGGCUUUAGUUUAUGAGUUCAUGGUCAAUGGUAGCCUAGAAGAGUGGCUGCACCCAAAUCCAACUCCAAAUGAUGUAGAUGGGAACUUGAAGAAAUUGAGUCUCAUCCAAAAGAUAAACAUUUCCAUUGAUGUUGCUUUAGCAUUAGAUUAUCUCCACAAUCAAUGCAAAAGCCCAAUAAUUCAUUGUGAUCUAAAGCCAAGCAAUGUACUUCUAGAUUACGACAUGGUUGGAGAUAUUGGUGACUUUGGGUUGGCGAAGAUUAUCCAGGAAUCCAUGUCUGAAACAAGAGCAAGUAUAAGUUCUGCUGAUUUAAGAGGAAUUAUUGGUUAUGCUGCUCCUGAAUAUGUUAAAGGAAGCAAGGUUUCAAGAGAAGGUGAUGUUUACAGUUGCGGCAUCCUCUUAUUAGAGAUGUUCAUAGGAUUACGUCCCACCAGCGACACAUUCAGAGAUAAUUUGAAUCUUCAUAAUUAUGUCGUUGAAUCUCUGCCCCAACAAGCCAUGGAGAUUACUGAUCCUGUGCUGCUUCACGAAGAAGAGGGCCACAACGGUUUCCGUUAUUCGCUUCACGAAAGAAACCGCAUAUAUCAGGAAUGUUUGGAAAUGGUAUACCGUAUUGGACUUGCUUGCUCCGUGGAGGAGCGUAGAAGGCGUAUGAGCAUCGACAAAGUUGCAACCCAGCUACAUUUGAUUAGGCAGAAACUUUUUGCAGCUUCUUUUCUUGGACGGAUGAGAUACGAAUAG